AGUAUGGUGGUCUUCAGAACCCUCAGCAAGGUGGUCAAGCAGGCGACGACCGGCCCGGCUUGCGGCUGCCAGUCCUUGGCGGUGGCCGUCCGCGGCAUCAGUUUCUCGCCUCGCCAGGUGACGUCCGACGCCAGCUUUCACUCGGUGUCCUUCUCCGAGACGGACCACCCCAAAGUGCUCAUCACGGGUGGCCUGGGACAACUCGGGGUGGGGCUCGCCAAACUAUUAAGGAAACGCUUUGGAAAGAACAACGUGAUUCUGUCCGAUAUCAGGAAGCCGUCGAGCAACGUUUUCCACAGCGGUCCGUUCAUCUACUCUGACAUUUUGGACUACAAGAACCUACGUGAAAUCGUGGUCAACAACCGAAUCACUUGGCUGGUCCACUACAGUGCACUUCUCAGCGCCGUCGGCGAGGCUAACGUGGCGCUGGCCCGAUCCGUCAAUAUCACCGGGCUUCACAAUAUCCUGGACAUCGCGGCCGAGCACAACCUGCGUCUCUUCGUCCCAAGCACCAUCGGCGCCUUCGGACCCACGUCCCCGCGUGACCCCACGCCCGAUCUUUGCGUGCAGAGGCCCCGCACUAUCUACGGUGUCUCCAAAGUCCACGCUGAGCUCAUGGGAGAAUACUACCAUCACCGCUACGGGUUGGACUUUCGCUGCCUCCGCUACCCGGGAAUCAUUUCUGCCGACUCCAUGCCCGGUGGCGGCACGACAGACUACGCAGUCCAGAUCUUUCACGACGCCAUCAAGACGGGCAAAUUCGAGUGCUUCCUGCGGCCGGACACCCGGCUGCCUAUGAUGUACAUCGACGACUGCCUGCGUGCCACGCUCGAGGUGCUGGAGGCGCCAGCCGACACGCUCAGCAUGCGAACGUACAACAUCAACGCCAUGAGCUUCUCGCCUGACGAGCUGGUGCAGGAGCUGCGCAAGCACGUGCCGGAGCUGGAGGUGUCGUACAACGUGGACCCUGUCAGGCAGGCCAUUGCCGACUCCUGGCCCAAGAACUUCGACGACACCAACGCCAAGCGCGACUGGGCCUGGAAGCACGACUACGACCUGCCCGAGCUGGUGCAAACCAUGCUCAACUACCUUAGCGGCGACACGCGCAUGGCCCGCGCCAACUAG